UCACUUGCUGGUUACCUGCAGAGCAGCUGGUUCACGCUGCUGUCACUCUCGGCCAAAGAGUGAUUUAUGUCUGCAGCCGUGCGCCCCGUCUAGGAGCUGUCAUGAGUUAUACGGUAACUGGGUGUGUAUGUCUGAAGAUCCCUGAAUCACUCCCUUUAUCAUUACUACACCCACAGGCACCUUCUCUCCCAGGUGAGGCAGCUGCCUGUUAAAAGCCAGGAGAGGAGAGAGCCGGUGCUCAGAGGGCUCUUGCGGUUGCAGAUCGGCUGCUGGGUGGCACAGGGGGGAGAGAGCCCUCGCCGUGAGCCGGGGACACCGCAGGGACCGGGGACACUGCUCCUGCUCCCGCAGGGAAGAGGGCAGGUGUGUCCUUGGUGGUAUGGAGUCUCGCUGCCAGCUUUGGCCAUGGGCAUUAUUUGUCCUCCUGGCUGCCCCGCGGCUGCUGCGUGCGCAGGGAACCUGCUCCCACGGAGCCUGCUACCCCCCGGCCGCAGACCUCCUGCUGGGACGAGCCCCCCACCUGCGAGCCUCCUCCACCUGCGGCCUCGCCAAGCCCGAGACGUACUGCACGCCCCACGGAGAGUGGAGCAUGAAAUGCUGCCGGUGCGACUCGCGGCUGCCGCACGCCUACAACGGCCACCGCGUGGAGAACGUGCUGUCCUCCGCCGGGCACUCGCGCUGGUGGCAGUCCCAGAACGGCAUCGAGCGCGUCUCUUUGCAGCUGGACCUGGACCAGACAUUCCAGCUCGGCAGCGUCCUGCUUCACUUCAGGUCGCCGCUGCCCGCUGCAAUGCUGAUCGAGCGCUCCACUGACUUUGGCAAGACCUGGGAGGUGUACCAGUACCUGGCCUCCGACUGCGCUGCCGCCUUCCCCCAUGUCCCUCGCGGCUCCCCCGAGAGCUGGCAGGACGCUCGGUGCCAGGCGCUGCAGGGGUACCCUUUGCACGGGGGCAAGGUGAAAUUCAGUGUCCAAGACCUGGCAUCUACCAUCACUACCUCUUACAGCCAGACCAUCGAUAAGCUGGGGCCGUUCACCAAUCUGCGGAUCAACUUCACCGAGCUCCCCCACGUCGCACGCCAGGGCUACCACUCGCCCAGCACCUUCUACGCCGUGACGGAGAUGCGGGUGCUGGGGAGCUGCUUCUGCCACGGACAUGCCGACGGCUGUGCCCCUUCAGAAGAUCCGCACGCCGUGCAGGUCCACGGGCGCUGCGUGUGUCAGCACAACACCGCCGGUCCCAACUGCGAUCGCUGCGCCGCUCUCUACAACGACCGGCCGUGGGCACCUGCAGAAGACAAUGAUCCCCACGAGUGCCGGAGGUGCAACUGCAACGGUCACUCGGCCUCAUGCCACUUCGACCCGGAGCUGUACCGCGCCAGCGGAGGGGCGAGCGGGGGUGUCUGUGACCACUGCCAGCACAACACCGAAGGCAACAACUGUGAGCGCUGCAAAACAAACUAUUUUCGCAACCAGCGGCAAGAUCUCGCCCAUCCCGAAGCCUGUCUGCCCUGCGAGUGCGACCCGGACGGCACCGUGCCGGGCUCCAUCUGCGACCCGCUGACGGGGCGCUGCGUCUGCAAGGAGAACGUGCAGGGGGACCGCUGCCACCUCUGCAAGCCGGGGUUUGCCCAGCUGGCCAACGCCAACCCCAUGGGGUGCCGCAGAUGCACCUGCAAUGCGCUGGGAACGCGGCAGGACGUGCCCUGCGACGACGAGACGGGGAGGUGCUUCUGCUUGCCCAACGUGGUGGGGAACGACUGCGACCAGUGCGCGGCCGAGCACUGGGAGGUGGGGAGCGGCCAGGGCUGCCGGCCCUGCGGCUGCCACCCGCGCGGCUCCCGCAGCCCCCAGUGCAACCAGUUCACAGGACAGUGUCCGUGCAGAGAAGGCUUCACGGGACGGACGUGCUCUGCCAUGCAGCAGCAGGUUUGCCCAGACAGGCACUAUGGAGAUGUCCGGGUAGGGUGCACAGAGUGCAACUGCGACUUCCAGGGCACGGAGGACGUGGGGUGCAACAAGACCACGGGCCAAUGCUUCUGCCGCCCGGGUGUCACGGGUCCCCGCUGCGACCAGUGCCAGCGGGGCCACUGCAGCACCUACCCCGGCUGCGAGCUGUGCCACCCUUGCUUCCGCGCCUACGACGGGCACAUCCAGCGCCUGCGCCUGCGCCAGGCUGGCCUCGGCAACUCCACCUCACGGCUGCCCCUUGGGAGCGGGGGGUCCCGCUUCGGCCCCCGCCUCUCGCAGGCGGAGGGCAACGUGCAGCAGGCACAGGGCAUCCUCGGCCGCUCUUCUGCCACAGACCACAGCCUGGCCCAGGUGGGCAGCGUGCUCGCCGCGAUCAGAGAGCAGGUCCAAGGCAUGAAUCCUGACCUUCGUUUUCUGGAUGAGACCGCCUCUCUAUCGAGGGAGCUCGAAGCCCUCAACAGCAGCUUGCUUAUCACUAACACCCAGUAUCAGAGCAAGAAGACCCAGUUUGAAAGCAGCCGCAGCACGGAUCUGUCAGGAGCCUUCAAGACAAUCAGAUCUGCUUACCAGACGUCCACCAAUGCCAGCAGCCUCGUUGCCGGCACCUCCGAGCUGCUGGCCGAGUCCCGGGAGAGCCGCAGGAACGCCGCGGGGCUGGAGGGGGGGCUUGCGGAGUCCACCUCCAAGCUGCUGACCCUGAAGGGCGAGAUAGCCUCAGCUCCCAACCUGACCCCUGUCAUAAAUAAGAUCUGCGGUGGCUUCCGAGCGGAGCCCUGCACGCCCGCCCGGUGCGAGGGGCUGCUCUGCCCGCGAGACAACAGUACCGCCUGCGGGGCCGGCCGUCCCUGCCGCGGCAUCUUCCCGAUGUCAAGCGGGGCCCUCGCCACGGCCGGGGAAGCUUCCAAGGAGUUCCGCAGCCUGAGCGCCCGGCUCGAGGAGACGGCGCGGCUGAUUAAAAUGACAGAGACGUCUGCAAAUCAGAUUCAAACCAAUACUCGGCAGCUUGUGGGCCAGAUAAGCGUAACGAGGACCCAGAUAGAAGGAGAUGUGCGGCGCAUCCAGCAGUUCAUCCAGCAAGUUCGAAACUUCUUGUCAGACAAGGACACGGACCCUGCCACUCUCCAGGAAAUCAGUGAGUCUGUUCUCUCCCUACGUCUCCCCACGGAUGCUGCCGCAGUCCUGAGAAAAAUGACUGAGAUCCAAAAAUUGGCGACCAAGCUGCAGUGCCCAGAGAGCAUACUUGCCCAGACGGCCGAGGACAUCGCUAAGGCCAAGCAGCUUCAGCAGGAGGCAGAACAGGCCAGGAACCGGGCGAAUGCCGUGGAGGGCAACGUGGAAGAGGUGGUUGGGAAUCUGCGACGAGCAAACACGGUGCUCCUGGAGGCUCGGGGUGCUAUCAGGGGCUCUGGCUCUUCCCUUCGGUUCAUCCAGGAGCGCGUUGAUGAGAUCGAGGCUGUUCUUGGUCCAGCCGAGAAGAACGUGAAGUCCAUCGCGGGCCAGCUGGACGGGCUGAUGGAGAGGCUCUCGCGGCUGCAGCGCGGAGCGGACCAGAACCGCCUGCGGGCCACCGACGCGCGGCAGACGGCCGGGGAGGCGGGCGAGCAGGCCAGGAGCGCGCAGCAGGCUUUCGAACAAGUGAAACAAAUGUAUGCUGAGCUGAAGAGAAGGAUGGAGCAGAGCCCAGCUCUGGGAGAGCAGGGCAGCAGGGUGCAAAGCAUAGACCUGGAGGCACAGGCUCUGUUUGAGGAAACUUUGGCCACGAUGCUCAGGAUAGAAACUUUAGAGAUGGAAGUUCAGGAAAGCAACAAGGCUUUGAUGUCCAAGUCGGCCAGGCUGUCGGGCCUGGAGGAGCGGGUGGGAAGGAUCCGGGACGCCAUCAACAAGCGAGUCGCCUACUACGAGAGCUGCUCCUGAGCGACCUGCCCGCGCUCCAACGGCAUUGCCUUCCUCCUCUGCAGACACUGACUUGUGUAUUUAUUCCCAUUUUCUGCCUGGAGUUCUCAUGUGCCUAACGUCUCUAUUUUUAGCAAAUUGAGUUUCUGUAGCUCUGGAAAAUAGCUGCACUGAGCCAAAGGAUCAACCGCAUGGAGAGGGCUAACUUUGGUUGGACUGGCUGAAGCUGCCUGGUGGUUGGAGGAAAAAGAGGGAGAGACAUCAAUCUUCCAUGGCAAAUAAAAACAUCCCCAAAUCUGUUAUUUCCA